AUGACAAAAAACUCCAGGCCACAUCCUCCUGGCCUGGCUGAUAGCUCGUUCUACCAUAAAAACCUGCAAUUGACAAAUACGCUGUACCUACAAUCCUCCGCAGACCUUCUCCCGACAAACCAGCCCGACCCCGACCUGCUAGUGUCUUGGAUCGAUGGAUUGAAGAAUAGAGUCGACGAUACCCUAGAAAAACAACAGCAUGAGCUUCUGCAGCUACGCAUUUCCACGCAUAAAGAGGAUUUGAAGGAACGGUACCGCCAUCAGGUGUUUCUGGCGCCUUUUGACCAAUUAGGUGAGAUCCUACAAGCAAGCCAAAAGCCAGUUGCAGAGCGUCAGGACUCUCCGUAUCCUGAAGAGCAGAAGCAAGAGGAGGCGGAGGAAAGCUCUGAGCAGGAGAUUUUGGAGGAUGAAGAGGAUGACGACGAUAUAGUUGAGAUUCUCUCUGAUGAAGAGGAAGGUGAAGGUGAAGAAGAAGAGGAAGAAGAGGAAGAAGAGGAGGAGGAAGAUCUACAUCCAGAUGAGGCAAUUGCUCAAGGCUUGGAACAGGAAUUGAGUCGAUAUGCUGCUGAAGCUCUUGAUGCAGAACAGCCUGCUGAAGAAUACUCAUAUGACGAAGAGCUCGACGAGGAUCUCGACCAAGAACUAGAUGAAAUAGAUCAGGAUCUCGAUGAAGUUGACGAUGUUGAUGAACUCGAUUAUGACAUUCCCCAGCAAGAAGCCAAUGUCUUUGCUACUCCAAAAUACCAACUUCAUAACGGCAGACCGCGCUUGUCGGACUUCCCGGUGUCGUAUCCCGAACAAGAAUCCGAAGAGGAGGAACAUUCAGAGGAAGCUUCUGAGGAGCAGGAACAGUCUGAAGAAGAGCACGACCAGAGCGAGGAGGAACAGCAGCAUAGUGAAGAAGAGCAAGAACAGAGUGAAGAAGAGCAAGAGUCAGAAGAGUACCCCGAACAAGAACACUCUGGCAUCCAGCAUGACCAGGCAGGGCCUGAAGACGACGAUGAUGCUAUUAUUGUGCUUUCCAGUGAGGACGAAGCUCAGCCAGAAAAAGAGGUUUCUUCUGAGCCUGAACAGCAACACGAGCCAGAGCCAGCUUCGCAACUCCAAUACUCUCAGUACCCAUAUAAUCAUCUCGCCCAGGAGUCUGAACAGUAUAGUGAAGUGGAAGGCUCCGACGAUGCUGACCAAGUGUCUGAGGAAGAAUCCGAACAGGAACAGGAGCAAGAGUCUGAAGACGUCACGGACGCCGAAGACGAGAGAGGCCAAACUGGGUUUGAGUCUGACGAUGAACCACAACCAGAAGAUGAAGACGACGCCAAUAAUUACUUCGCUACCGCCAACGACUCGCUCGAAAACAGUGAGCUCUUUGCUAAUAUUGCCCUGGAGGCCCUCACGGAACAUAUUUUGCAAGAUCAAAAGCACCCUAUAGACCGUAUGCUCAGUGAUUACCUUGCGGAUGUCGAAUCAGAUGGUGGUGCUUACAAGCCUAGUACCCAUGCCCAUGAACCAAUGCCAAUCUUUGACCAUAAUGAGAUCGAAACGCCUGCUCCAGAAAAGUUUGACUUAGGCACCCUGUCUGCAAGCAAGAAGAGUGAAGGUGACCCUACUGAAGGUUCCAUGGCUGAUGCCGAUACUGAUAAGUUUGAAGAGGCCCAAGAAAGUGAUGUUCCUGUUUUCAAUCCUAGUGUCCCAGUGUUCAAGACUGUUAAACCAGAUUCUCCACGAAGCACACUUCAACAGCUUAAGGAGACUCAAAAACGGUUUGGUGUGAAGCUUGAAGCUGUCAAGGAUCUUGAAGCGGAACUCGGCUUGCCACAUUCUGAAUCUUCUGAGAGCGAUAGCGAUAUACAUGAAACUUUCGUUGACGCUCCUGCUUAUCAGCCUGAAGCUGUUGAGUCAUCCAACCAUGCCGAAGAUUCGAAGGUUCCCGAAGCGGUCCUGGUCCAGAACGACGGUGAAGCUGGUGAAGAUGGUGAGGGUGUCCAGGUAAACAUGGAAGAUGCACUUCAAGCAUUCAUAGAGGAAGUUCAGCAACGGCCAAACUCUCAGGAUGACCUGUCGCUAAAGAACCUUGAUCAGUCUAUCGACCAUGUUUCUUCCAGACUUGCCCACGAAGCAGUUGAUGCUUACCUCAAAGACAAUAAUAUCGAGUCUGACGUUGCAGGUGGUGGCGAUAACUCUGAAGACGUAAUGGACGUUGAUUCCGAAGAGGAUGAAACAAACGCAAACGUCACCAGCAAAAUACCCAAGGUUACUGUCCAUACGCUGGAUCUUCGGAAUACUGACACACCUUCUGACGAGGAGCUGGCCGAAGGAUUCCACGAUACGCGAGGCAGCUUUCCUCGUCCUGGUUACCCCCAGCUCAAGUUCGAUGGCACUGAUGAUUUCAGUCAAUACGCAGACCAACAUAACGAUACUGACGACUCCUUAUCAUACGUCUCGGCAAUUGAAACUGAGAACUCUUCAGCGCAAGCUUCAAGGCAAGCCUCUUCUGUCAGCAUUCAACUGGUCAAUAAUAAAGAAUUGCCAUUUGAGGUCAUCAAGAAAGCUCAGAAGGACCCUCGUCAUAUUGUCCCCAUUUCAGUUGACCAAGAAGGUAAAAAGUACGAGAUGGCACCAUGCCCUGCCCCUGGUGGCUACAAUGUGACUUUGAAGGAAGUGUCGACGUUAGACAACAAAGAACCUUCCGUCGCUUCCCUGUCAAGUAUCAUCGUUCAUCCUCCACAUGACUCUGUGGCUAGCACUGCUACUUCUACGACUAAUGAUCAAGACGGAAGACAUACGUUUGGUGCCUCAUCUGCUCAUGCUGGACAUGGCAAUAUUUCUGGUGAUAAAAAGACUUCAAACACGAGCAAUGCUGAUAGCUCUGCUGAGGCUGGACCUAAUGAAGGAAAGGCUCGCGCUACUGCUGAGGCCGACGCCAAUAAGACCAAGGAUGGUAAGGCCGAAGUUACCGCUGAAGCUAGUUCCGGUUCUGGAGACGCUAAGGGUAAAGCUGAGGCAACUGCUAAAGCCGAUACAAAUUCAGGUGAUGGUAAGGCUAAAGCCAAAGCUAAAGCCGACUCGAAAUCUGAUAAAGAUGGUGACCAAGCCAGUGCCGAGGCUGAUUCGAAGUCUGAGGGUCAAGGUGGGAAAUCUUCUGCUAGUGCUGAAGCUGAAACCAAAGAUCUGCACGCCCAAGCUUUUUCGGAUGCUCUGUCGGACAAAAAUGCUUCGGAUGCUUCUGCUGAAGCCUCAAGCUCAUCAAAGAAGCGUGAUGACUCUCAAUCAGAAGACGAGGAGAAAUCAAGGGACGCUGAAUCAAAGCCAGAAAGAAUCACGGACACUUCCGCUCAACAACCACUCUUUACGGUUCCUGAGCAUCAGGCGCAGCCUCAUGAGGAGUACGAGCCUACUGCUGAGCACCCUCCGGCUGGUGAUACCCACAAUGAAAUAGAACAAGAUGUGCCUAACGUUGAUUAUGUUGAACCUACAGACCAUACGACUGUUGAAGUUCCAGAAGACGUUCAAACCCCGGAGUCUGAAGAAAUGCCUGUCAAACCAGAUGAUGCAAUUGAGAUCGACAAUCUUACAGGUGACGAAGACGAGACGAAGUACGAAGAUGCAGAGCACGAAGAGCCACUUGAAGAUAAUGCUAGCUCUCGUGGUGAAGGUUCUCCUGAACUUGAUGAUACUGUUGAGAUUGAGCCAAGCGUGGAGCAAAGCUCUGAGCUACAAGAAGAACUCACCAUUGGGGAUGCGGACGAUGAAGUCGAAGCUCAAUCUGAGGAACCCGAACAAUCGUCUGAAGCUGAAUCUGAAGAGGAUGCUGAAGAGGAUGCACCAUUAGUGGUAGAACCUGAGGGUACAGAACCAAUGUUCGUGGUUUACGAAAGCAGUACAGUCGUCGAAGGUGUGGAAGCUGUACCGCCAACCUUUAUUGAAGAACCCCAAGCUGAUGAGGAGUCAGAGCCAUCGGAUAAUGAGAAGGAUAUUUCUGAUGCCGUGGAAGAGAUUGUGACUGAUCUUCUUUCUCAUCUUGAUGAAGAGUUGGAGUACCCCACGGAAGUCAUUGAACCCGAAGAAGUUGUCGAUAGUGUGGUGGAGGUCUUUGAAGAAACUACAGAUGUCAUUCAACCCAGCAGAGUUGAUGAGCUUGAUUCCAUAAGAAACACCCCAGAACCCGUUGAUUCGACCGUCCUGGUGGAAGAAGUCGAUGAGCAUAGAGGACAGAAGAGAGCUGCAACAUCGCUCUUGUCGUCUCCCGCAAAGAAGAUCAAAUCUGUUGCUGGUAAGUUGAAUCCUUUGAGAUGGUUCUCUUCCGACGGCUCCUCCCGUCCAAGCUCUGCCUCUUCUGAUAUCCCCGUGCCUGAACUUGUCGAUUUGGACGAGGAUGAGAAACUCACCGAUGAAUCAGACGUCUCCUACUAUAUGAGCACAUCUGAUGAACUGGAAGAAGUUGUGGAAUCCGAUGAGGAUAUCGAAGUUGAGAGCUCAAGUGAUCUAGAGGAUCAGUUAGCUGCUGAUUUGGCUGAGAGAAAUGUUACCCAGGAGAUUGGCAGUACUGGUAGAGAAACCGAUGUCGGCUCGUUACCUGUUGAUAUUGAAACUCUUGAAGCCACCGAUACUGUGAUUGAACAGCCUGCUGACGUGCCAGAGGAAGAGGGUGAGAAAGAGGUCACAGAAUCCCCGAAACCUUUCAUUGACCAACUUGGAGAUGCAAUUGUCGAUGAGGUUGCUGAUGACGAGAUUGAACAAGCAGAGAAGGCUGAAGAGCCCAGUAUUGAAGAUCAAGAUGUUAACGAGGAGCCAGACGUUACCGCUGCUGAAGCUGCUGUGGACGACGCGAUUGAAGAGGUUUCUAACGAAGUCGUGAAUGAUGUGGUGGACGAUAUCGCCGACCAAGUUGCUGAACAAGUUGCUGAACAAGUUGCUGAUGACGUCGUUGAUGACAUUGUUGACGACGCUCUUGAAGAAGCGAUCGUUGCUGAUGAGCCUCCUGUUGCCGAACAAACUCAAGGAAAUGAUGAUAUUGUCGAUACUCUCGAAAAGGAACCAUUAGUUGACGACGUUGAGGGCACUACUGAGGACGUGGUGGAAGAUGUUGCUAAUCAAGUCGACGAAGAAGUCGUGGAUGAUAUUGUUGAGAAGGCUGCUACUGAAGCUGCUGAUAUUGCAAUUUCAGCACAACUGAAUCCUGGUUCCUCGGCGGCAAUUGGAGAUCAUCUUACUUCUCCUACUUCCAGUACGGUUGACGAUGCUAAGGUUGAAGGUAAUGAAGCUGGUUCCGAUGAAAUUAACGAUGAAAUCAUCACUGAAGCCGAAGAAGAUGCUGUCCCAUCAAACAUUGAAGUUGAUGAAAAGAUUGUUGCACCGCCAGCUCCUCCAAAGCCCACCAGACCAUGGAGUGCAGCAAGCCUUGAGUCUAUGAGUGAGCUUGAUGAAGGCUCAGUUCCCGUCUUGCCACAAUUCAACAUCAUUGCUCCUACCUUAGAACGCCUUGCCGCUGAGAAGGAAAAGGAAUCAGUCUCAGCACCUCCUGAAGUCAGAGAAGAGGCCGAGCCUCUAGAGCAGCCAGAGAAGAUAGAAGAGGCAGAUGAAGAAGCUAGCGACUCGAAAGCUUCCGUUUCUCGACUCAUCAAACUCCUCGGGAAGAAGGCAAACGCUCGUAUUGAUCAGAAGCACCAUUCAAGUGACGACACCAAGCCAUCGCAAGAAGAGGGCCUUGAACGCAAAGAGGAAGAGAACCAGGAAGAAGAGCCUGUUGCUGAACCUGAAGAGCCUGCUCUGCCAGCUUCCACCGAGAAAGCUAGUCCUGGUCGUCGCAAGAAUCCACGUCGUAAAGCUGCCUUGAAAGCUGAAGAGCCUGCUGAAGAGCCUGCUGAGCCGUCUGCAAUCGAACAGCCUACAGCAGAGCAGCCUGAGGUCGAAACACCCCAAGUUGAGGAACCAGAACCUGUGGAAUCAAAACCAGAGGAACCGAAAGUUGAGGAACCAAAGGCCGAGCAAUCACAGAAGAAGAGACGUGGUCGUCCUCCUAAGGUGAAAAGAGAGGCAGAAGCAGAAGCAGAAUCAGUGCCAGCCAAACGUUUGACCAGAAGACAGAGAAAGAUGGCUGGAUUGCCUGAAACUGAGGAACCAACAGUUGGUGAGUCCAAACCAGACGAAGAGCCCACUGAGACUACCGCUGCCGUUGCAGAGAAAUCAGAGCAACCAAAGGCAAACGAAGAUGUUGCGAUGGCCGAGGAAAACGUCGAUGCAAAGGAAGAGCAGCCUAAGGAUGACGAAGCUCCAAAAGUGCAACCACGCGGCACGAGGAGAAGUACCAGAAGGGCAGCUAAGCAAAAGGAAGCCAAUGAAACGAACCAGCCUGCUGACGAUGCAGUUAAGCCUGAGACGCAACAAGAACCUCCACUUGAAGCCACAAAGCAGGAAGAACCCCAACCGGAACCUCCCAAGCGUAAGGGUCGUGGAAGAAAGAGGAAGAUUCAAGAAGCGAAAGAAGCGCCUGCUGCAGCUGAACAAAAGAAUGUUUCCCAGUCUGAGAAAGCAGCGGAACCAAAGACUGAAGAGAAUGCGGGUCCUAGAUUGCAGCCAGAGCUUGCUGAGAAGAUAGUUGCCAACGAGGAAGAAACUGGCGGUAAGCGUCGUUCUACAAGAGUCAGACGCUCUACCAGGCAUCAGGACGAAAAGGAAGCUGAGCCCAUGCCAUCAUCUCCAGUUGUGAAAGCUGACUCGCCUAAAUCAGAGCUCGCUCCUGGGUUUGAACCUCAAGAGCAGUUGUUAUCGCCAACCAAAAGGCGUGGAAGACCAAGGAAAACCAAUGUUGCCCAAUCAUCUCCAUCUGCUGAAUUUAGUCCACCCAUGCCAAAACUGAGAACUGCUUCUGGAAGCAAAUGGCAUUUGGACCUGUUGGACCAUCCGGCAUUGAGAACCCGUUCGAAGUCGCCCAUCAAGCGUACAAUACAAGAGCUUUCGCUGGAUAUGGAAGAAGAACAGCCCAAGAGAAGAAGACGUAACGUCAAGAAAGAUUUGCAACCUGUGGAUGCAGAAGAAAAGAGACAAGAAGAAGAAGGAAGAGGAAGACGCAGAAGAAGAGACUAA